AUGCUUCCAAUACCUUUUCCUCAUAGAUUUCAGAAAGUUAAAUUGGAUGCUCAAUUUGGAAAGUUAUUGGAGAUGAUCAAAUCUCUUUACAUGAAUAUUCCUUUUACUAAAUCCCUUUCUCAAAUGCCUUUAUAUGACAAGUUUAUAAAGGAGAUACUAUCCAAAAAGAGAAAGCUUGAAGAGUUUGAAAUAGUGUCACUAAUUAAACAGUUAGGUGCAAUCUUUCAACAUAAGCUCCCUUCUAAGCUUAAAGAUCCUGAUAGUUUUUCUAUCCCAUGUGACAUUGGCGAUUUUCAUAUUGAUAGAGCUCUUUAUGACCUUGGUGUAGCAUUGAGAACACCCAUUAUUCUUGGAAGACCAUUCUUGGUCACUAUUGGAGCCACUAUAGGUGUGAAGAAUGGAAAGUUAGUAUUGCAAGUCGGGGAAGAGCAAGUUAUUUUUAACUUGUUUGAUACUUCUACAAAACCAGAUGUAAUAUAUUCUUGUUUUCGAAUUGAUGUGACAAAAGGAUGUGAAAAAGAUGAUGUUGAAGUACUUUACAAAACAAAUCUAGUCAUUCUUCACACUGAAGAUGAACUAGUACAUGAUCUAGCUCCAUCAUCUCUCGAGGAUAAAAUUGCGGCUCUAAAGAUUAAAUCUAAGCCUCCCUCAUCCAAAGAUCAGUAG